AUGACUUUGGUUAGUGAAACUGUCUCUGAAGAUACUGGAAAUGAAUUAGCUGUUGCGGCGGAGAGAAGUGAAGUAAACGAAGUCACCUAUGUGAUGAUAACUGAUUCAGAGACGAAUUCACCAGGGAAUAAUGACAAUGACAAGAAAGCAAUGACGGCGACAGCAACAGUAUCAGUAUCCAGUGCUCGGGAUGAAACGCUUACACCGAACAAAACGACUUCAGGUAUAUGCGAUUGA